GCUACAGGCAGACAUUCCCCUGUUAAAAUUCUAGUGUGUUCAGUUCAUGAUUGCUGGAAGGAAAAUGGGACUUUGGAAUCUCUUUAUUUGCAGUGAUAGACAAAACACUGAUUAAACAUUUCACAAGAGGGAACAAAGGCUUCACUUUGAAAGUCGUCAGUAGAAGGAGCAGUGAGAAGAUGGAACAUGGUCUGACAGUGGUUAAAGUCUGCAAACCUGAUUAAAAAUCUCCCCAAAAUGAAUAAGGAGGGAAUGAGGUGCAGCAAAGGAAAGAUCCUCCGGUUUCUGCCACUUGUAGUAGUCCUUCUCUUGCUUAUCUACCUAACAAGCUUUAACCUUCCCCAAUCUCAUCAGGUAAAUGCUCAGAAAUCAGAGACGGAAAUCCAGGAAAAUGAGUAUCAUAAAAACAAGCACAUGGAUGCUUCAAAGUUAAUGAAUUCCGUGGAUAAAAAUCACAGAGAGAAGUGUGACAACAGCAAUUUCCAAAUCAAUCGGGUCCAAGCUGCAUUCCAAGCUUCUUUGAUGAAGAAUGAAGAUAUUUUACUUAAAAGCUAUCUUGAAGGAUGGACAGAACUCCAAAAAUUUAUCAACGCACUUGGCACCAUAUUUGGAUUUAUAUCGGAAGAAGUUACCAGCAAAAUAAGAAUACUCAUUGAGCAUCAGCAGGGAGUGCAUGGAAAGGAAUACAUCUCCAUGAGGUCCAUGAUAAAUUAUGAAUUAACGAAUAAUGUGGUUAACUUGCAUGAACUUCCCAGAGACCGUCUGCAAUCCGGCUGCCGCACUUUACUCCGUCUCCAUCGAGCACUGCGGUGGCUGCAGCUCUUCCUUGAUAACAUCAGGACCAGCUCUGAGAAUGACUCGAUGUCCAUCGGUUGCGCUGAAGCCUAUGAACAGUCCCUUGCUAAAUAUCACAGCUGGCUUGUACGAAAAGCUGCUGGGAUUGCAUUCCUUGCCCUUCCAGCACGGACAGAGUUCCUUCAGAUACUGUGUCUGGAAGGCAGCAAGGAGACCAAAGACAAACUUUGGAGUGCUGUGAAUUUGAUUGAGAGAGUUUAUAAUGUUACACAAGGAAUGUAUGCACAGUAUAAUAUGCUUGAAUUACCUUAGAGUAAAAAAAACUUUGCCAAUCAACAAGGAGAUUAGUUUCCAUCAAUAGAAUUCCUCUAGAUUGCCUUCAAGGGGGCAAUAAAAUUGUUGCAUUUCAAAA